UUUGUGUUUAUGUACUGUUACUAAUGUUUUAUGAUUUUUAAAAAAAAUAAUUUAAUGUAAUAUUUUAUUAAAUCUUGGAUAAGUUUUGAUCAGUACAAUGUCGGAAAGGUAUAUUCGCUUUCAUGAGGACCGGGACUAUGAGAGCAAAAAUAUUGACAGUUAUGAUGAUGGAUUAUUGGAACUGGAACAGUCAUCUAUGACACAGCCUAUAUCACAGGAUAAUCUUGGUUAUCAGUUACUUCAGAAGCAAGGAUGGAGUAGUGGUAAAGGUUUAGGCCGUGCUGAACAGGGUCGCCUUGAUCCGCUCCCUAUUGUCAUGAAGGAGGACAUUAUGGGCUUUGGACGAAUGGAGAUGGAGAUGGACUAUGCUGAAGAAACUACUGAAAAGAGGAGAAUUUUAGAAACAGAAAAACAAGAUUCUGCUGAGUUGCAACAAAAAUAUAAAGCUGUUCAAGAAAAACAGAAGGCUGUUCAAGAAGGUCUUGCUGAUUUAAAGGCCAACUUUUUUUGCGAACUCUGUGAAAAACAAUAUUACAAGUAUCAAGAAUUUGAUAAUCACAUAAAUUCUUAUGAUCAUGCUCAUAAACAGCGCCUGAAAGACUUGCGACAGCGUGAAUUCGGAAGGAAUGUAGUUUCCAAGUGGAGAAAAGAAGACAAAAAGAAGGAGAGAGAGGCCAAAAGACUUUAUGAAUUAGCAGAAAUGAGAGCCCAAGCUGCAGAAAUGAGGGGUCCCAUAGAAAUGGGUACAGGUGAAAAAUUCAUACCUGGAGGUGGUUUUAAAAGUGUUAGUGAUGAUGAAAUGGCAGCAAAAGAUCUCCCCAAAACAGAUGCAGAUGGUAACAGUUCCUAUUCACCCACUCAUCCUUCUGAGGAUGGGCCUUUAGAUUCCUCAGGAAGAGAUUCUGAUGAGAUGUUAGUUGCCCAAGAAACUGAAUUAAUAAAUGAGGCAGAAACUGUAUCUGGGAUUGCAGAUAAUUCUCUUGAAGUUGAAGAGGAAUCUGCAACAGUCAAAGAAUCUACAGUUGAACUUCCACCAGAUUCAAGUGAUUGCAAUACAGAUCCCUUAGUUCAAAAUAACAGUUGGGAUUCUGAUGAAAAUGAUGUAGUAACACAUGAUAAAAAUUCAAAUUUAGAACUAGAUACUCCCCCAAAGAGUGAAAUACCUACUUUAGACCAAAUACAAAAUCAUAGUUCGGAAAAGGAAGAAUCUAGUGCAAGCAAAUUAUCUGAAAGUCUGAUGGAUACAUCUGAGGAUCUGUACUUGAACACCAUAUUUUUCACCCAUCAUGAAGCGGACUUGCCUCCUCUACCAAAUGUUUGUGAAGCAAAUCCCCUUGCAACAAACACCAUUCAGCCCUUUGAACUUAAAGAUGUAGAAUUACCUCCAGAAUUGCCUUCUGAAAAGACAGAAGAACCCAAGGGGGAGGAGGAGAACACACCUCAAGAUAUUGUAUCUGAUCUGAUGUUGCCAAAAGUUGAACCAAGUCUUGUUCCUAAAUCAAUUGUUCUUUUGGGAAAGGCCCUUGCUCGCAAGAGGCUGAAAGCAUUUUCUCAAUCUAAAUUGUCUGAAGGAAGUAGUUCAGAAGGGAGUGGAUCUAAGUCAGGAGCUGCCUUGUCUUUUAGUUUGUCUAGAAAAGCCAGUCAGAAAAUGAAUGCAGAUGUUGUAGCAGCUUUUAAAGAAGAGGAAGAGGAAGAUAGUAAAGAUGGUAAGGAAGCACCACCAGAGGCAGAGAGUGUUAAAAAAGUAACACCUGUCAAAGAAGAAGUCAGUUCUAGUUCUGUUUCAAAAACUGAAAUAUAUCCCAGUCAACCACCAGAAGCCUUUUCGAAAAAACCUAAUUUUGGUUUCUUGACUUUUGUUAAGACUGAUGUCAUUAAGGGCUCAGAGAAAGAGUCUCUUAAUGCUGAUGCUGAAAAGAAAGAAUCUUCAAGUGAGAAUGAAAAGGAUUUGAUGGUGAAGAAUUCAGAGACUUCAAGUUCUAGUAAGUCCUAUGAAGAAAAGGUACGAUCUGAUAGAAGGAGAUCACGAGAGAGAUCUCGUGAGCGUUUUCAUGAACGAGAUAGAGGAGCAGAUAGAUAUGAUAGGGGAAGAAGGUGGGACUAUUAUGAGAGAAGACGAUCACGGAGUCGGGACAGAUAUAGAAAAUCAUGGGAUAGAAGAUAUCAUGAUAGAGAUAGGAACUGGAAUCAUAGGCCGUUCGAUCGAGAUCGAAGAUACUCGCCUCACAAAGAAAGAUCCAGAAAAGUGGAUUUUGAAUCUAAAAGUAAAAAGUAUUCAAGAGAUCGAGAUGAUGAAUCGCCUGAACCAUUUCCUAAGGAAGAUAUUGAAAGAGACACUAAGAAAAUUUCAACAGAAGAUAUUACUGAAGAGGAUUCACAGAAGAAUAUAACUGAGAAGAUAGAAGAUUUGAACAAUUCAGAAGACAUUGAAAGAACAGAUGAAAAACAAGAAUUUAUUGAAAAGAAAGUUGAAACAAAAACUAAUCAUUUAGCUUCAGAAGUACUUGAAAUAGAUAGUAAAAGUAGUAUUCAUUCUCUUUGUUCUCCUCAAAAUUCCUUUUCCUCCACAUUUAUUGAACUUCAAAGUAGUCCAUCUCAACAGAAAUCCCCAAAAAUAAAAGAAAAAUUAUCCCCUUUUACUGAUUUAGAAAAUGUUGCAGUACAGUCAAUGCUUCCUGAAAAUUCAACUAGUCAUAUUGAAAAUAUUACUGGAACCAAAAAGAAUGAUAUCAUUUCUAACAAUUCAGGUGCUUUCUCCCACAUUGAAAACAAAAAAGAAAUCAUUUGUGAAAUAAAGAUAUCUAAUAUAGAUCAUUCUAAUGUUCCCAAUGUUAUCAGCGAACCUUCUCCAGAAGAAUACCCAAAUAUUUCCAGUAAAGAAAUGAUGGAAUCUGAAACUGAAAGCCAUCAAAAGGAAACGUCUUUACUUCCCAAAGACAGUCCAGAAAGUUCAAAAGAAACCGAAGUUGUUCUUCCAGAAAAAAAAAUGGAUGAACCAGAAGCUCAAAGCUCAUCAUCUCAUAAACCAAAAACGAAAAAGAUAGAUAAAUCGAGGAAAGAUAAGAAAAGUAAAAAAGAUGCUCCUAGUAUUGCUAAAAAGAAGGAAGAUAAGCUAUUUGCACGAAUGCUGAAACAUAAAGCUUUUAAAAAAGUUUGCCGAAAAUCAGGUUUAGAUAUAAACGACAGGAAAUUUGCAGAUGCUAUUAAAGCAAUGUAUAAAGCCAUGUUUUCUAAAAAGAAAAAACAUCACAAGAAAAGUACUUCCAGUAGUUCUAGCAGUAGUGAUUCUAGUGAGAGCAGUGAAGACAGUUCUGACAGCAGCAGUUCUGAAAGUGAAAAUAGUGAUUCUCGUAGCUCUUCUAGUAGCAGCUCCAGUAGCAGCAGUGAUGAACAAGAAAAAAAGGCAAAGAAACAGAAGAAGAAGAUGAAGAAGAAGGAUACUAAAAAAACAAAGUGCAAAGAAAGUAGUGUUCUCCAGGAUAUAAGUGGACCAGGAAAAAUAGUAACCGAACAGGCAGUUACAAAUCAGAAUGUAAAGGAGAAGAUAAUAGAAAAAUCAUUAUCUCCUCCUCUGGAAAUUAGAAUGAUGGAACAUUCUAAAUUUGAAGAACAAAAAAAUGAACAAAACAUUGUUCCUGAGAACUGGAAGGAAGUUGGUAAAGAUAAAUUGAAGAUAGAUGAUAAAGAAUCAUCAGAUAUUUCACCAAAUGAAGAAUUCGAGAAAUCAAAAUGUCUUUCUCUGGAAGUUUCAUCAUUGGAAAAACCUUUAGAACAUUUUAUUUCUGAAAAAUUGUCCAAAACAGAUAAAGAUUUGAUUGAUGAAGAACCAACUGCUACGCCUAAGAUGGACGAAGUUGAGGAAUCUGACUUAAAUAAUAAGGAAGGCAGUCCUGCUACAAUAUCAGCUGAUAGAAAAUCAAAAUCUAAAAAGCGCAAGCAUAAUGCAGUGGAAGAUUCUGAAAAGAAAGAAGUUCACAUUAAAUCUAAAAAAACAAAAUCCAAACAUAAUAGAGAAAAUCCUGUUCUAGAACAAAGGCCAUACAAGGAUAUUAUGAGAUACACUCGUGCACAGCCAUCUAUUGCAUAUUGCUGUAAUCGAAGGUGUGGAGAUUUUGUAUGUAUUUAUGAAGAAAGAACUUCUACUCAGGCAUCAGAUUCUAAUAUUGAUAAUUCUGAUGUAGAAACCGAAAAUAUGACAGCUUUAGAUGCAUUAAAAAUGUCUUAUGGUCGAGCUGAAAGUCCUCCAAUCAAAACAAACAAACGACAUUCAAAAUCCACACCUGAUCCAUCUCCUCCUCCUCCAAAGCGCAAAUCAAACGUAUCGAAGGUAAAAGACAAUCAAUCCAGCCACUCAUCUGUGAAGUCAGUUGUUAAAUAUAUGAAAUCAGAGUCAGUUUCCAAUACAUCUUCUGCUGAGAAAGAAGAUAAAUCUAAGGCAGAUUCAUCCUUACCAAUAAAAAUCAAAUCCAAGUGGGAUACUGACUCAGAAGGUGGCAGUUCUGGUAUGGAUUGGAGUCAAUCACCUAUUCAAAAUUCUCUUUCUGUCGAAGAACAGGAUGAUCAGAAUGAGCUUGUACCAAAUGAAGAUGUUAAGGCCAAGAAUCAAUCUCCAAAAGAUGAGAUUGCUGUGGAACAUUUUGAAUCAGUGUCUUCUAAUUUGAACGAAACCAGUAUUUCUUCUCUUCCUGAAAAAUCCAUUCAGCCAAUUCUAGUAUCUGAAAAUGCUGCAUCACAAUCUCCUCAGAAGUGUGCUGAAAAUGAUGCAGCUGAAAUAUCUCAAGCUCUUCAGAAAAGUCCACAAAUUAAUACAUCUUUAAACAAUGAGUCACCUCAACUUGCAUCUUCAGAAAAAAUCAUCACAAACUCUGUAUCAUACGAAGAUUCUGAGGUAAAUAUUGAUACUACCGAACUUUCGAACUUGCCGUCUAAAGAUAAUACAUCCCAUUUGAUUAAUUCUGAAUCUCCUAAGUCUAAAUCUAAUCAGAAUGAGAUCUUGGAUGAAAAAGACCAAAAUGCAAAUCUUAAUGUUUCUGUGGAAAGUGAUGGUGCUCGUUCAAGCGAUCUAGAUUCAGAAUAUGAUGAAUUUUUGAAGCUGUUAAAUAUGAAUGAAUCAGAAUCAAAACUCUUUGAUCAUGCAACAAAUUUACAAAUGAAUGAAAUUAUGCAAUCAAGCAAUUCAAGAACUGAAACGGUUUUAACCAUGGAAGAUAAUGUUUGCGAUUCUCCAAAUUUGCUUAAAUCAGAAAAGGAAUCUUUUACAGAUGAUUCUUUAGAGGCCUCAGUUAUUCUUACUAAAGAAAUUCCAAAAAGUAAGAUUGUUGAAGCAGUACCUAAGGAUUCUUAUUCUGUGCUUCCAAGUUGUACAGAUAGGGAUGACAUAUCUGCUGCUAAAGAACUAAAUAAUAUAAACACUGAGGGUACAGAGAAAUUGACAAUGUUUACUCAGAGUGAAAAUCAAAAUGUAAUUUUAGCAGAAACAAGCAUUGCCUCUAAAGAAGUUAUAAAUUCACCAUUAAUCUUAGUGAGUGAAGUGUCCCAAAAGGUUGUUGAUUCUGAAGAUGUAGUUCCUAGUUUUGAAAAGUCAAAUAAUUUACUGAAUGUGCACAAAGAAUUAGAUCAAAAUAAUAAAGGAAAAGGGAUAUUAGACUCAUUUAAGGAAUUGGAAAAUAAGAUUCAUAAUCUGGCUAAUGAAGUUGCUCCAGACCUUAAGCAUAAUGUAAAACCUGAGUUAAAUGAAGUGCUAGGUUUAAAGUCUGUGUUAGAAACAACAGCAAAAGCACCCAUUUCAUACCCUGUUGGAACAUUUAAGAAUUCUGUUCAAAUAACAGCUGAUAAUGUUUUAGAUAUUUUGCAAAAUUUAGAUAAAAGUACUUAUGAAAAGAAAGCUGUUUCUUUAGAAAUUAAUAAGGAUCUCAGUUCCAAGGAAACUUCAGAAUCUUUAUCAAAUCUUAUUACAACCAUUUCAGAUGCAGUCAUUCCAUGCCCAAAAGUAGAUUUAUGCACUACUGUUGAUGAUACCUCCCAAUCUAGUCAGUCAAUAGAUUUACAGUUGCAAACUGAAACAAGUAACCAGUCUAUACUAGACUCAGUACCAAGUACAUCUGAAAUCAAUAAAGAUAUAUCAAUACCGAAUCUGUUAAAAUCUGAAUUAUUUUCAGGAGAUACAAAUACAAAAAUUUCUGACAUCAGUGAAUUUCCAUCUGUUUCUGAAAACUCUGCUGCAAUCAGUGAAGCUCGUUCUGAAAUUGCAAGUAUUUUGAAUAAUCCAUUGUCUCUAGAAGCAUACAAUAUAUCUAAAACCUAUAUAGAAUAUGUUCAACAAAUGCACAGGAAAGCAUCAGGCCUUUCAAAUACUAAAGAUAGUGCCUCAAUCCCUGAAGCAAACCUUGCUCACCUCCAAGCAUUCCAAAAUAGUGACAUGUCCAAAAUUUUGUCUCAAUUCAUGAGUAUGAAUACUGCUAUUCUUGAAGCAAGUUUCAAAAGUGAAGGUCGGAAGGGAAUCGUGUCACCUCAAGAUAAGGCUGUCAGCAGCUCAGUGGUGGAUGUCUCAGCCUCUGGAAAUUUGGAUUCUGUGGAAGCAGUUUCCUCAUCAGGGGAAUCCUCCAAGAAGGAGGGACGGCGCUCUCAAGAGAAGCGGAAAAAGUCUGAACAUCGUAAAGUAACCAAUUCCUCACUGAUAGCUGCUGCAUCUUCAACAUCUUCAAUAACUUUGGGAGCUCCUAAGGCUGGAAUCUUAGUGAUGCCAUCCCGGGAAUCUGAUUCUCAGCCCAAGAAGACUGUGACCUUUGCUGAUGGUAUCCCACCCACUAAGGACUUGUUUGUUGGCAACAUCUCCCCACCUCCACCACCGCCUCCACCUAAGGAGCGUAGGCACAAGGUGAAAGUGAAACACCUACGCAAGGCGGCGGAACGUGCAGCUUCGCCACCACCACCUCCGCCCCCUCCACCAAGGUCACCACCUCCUCCUCCUCCACCACCUGGCAAACCGAAAACAACAAGUGUUGCACCUGUUGUAACUAUACCUCCACAGACGGUGGCAGCAGAUCCUUACCAGCAGCUACAGCAGCAGACGGUACAGCCACUGCCAUACAAUGUGGGCCAGCUACCCAAUCCCCAAGCGACUGGCUACACCGUGCCUUAUGCCGCCUAUACUGGCAACUAUCCGCUGUACACCGUUGCACCACAUGCGGUACAACCUCAGUAUCCGUCUUAUCCUCCACCCCCACCUCCACCACCCAAUUCACAGAUGUACAUGCCUUAUCCUUAUCCACCUCCAUCUGCAACAAAUCAACUGCCUGGCUAUCCCAUGCCGCAGCAGCCCCCUGGGCAUCAGCCGCAACCGUAGUUUAUUUCUUUUUCUGUUUUUUAAUUCUAGCCAAGCAUCAACUGUACAGACGACUAAUGUUCCGGUUUGCUUCAUGCAGAAAUACUCAUUGUAUAAUAUAGUUUGUUAAUAAACUAUCCAUAUUUCAUCUCUA